ACGACGCUGAGGUUUUGCAAUCAUGGUCAAUUAUCGUAACACCUCGAAGACAUACCGUACUCCGCGUCGUCCGUUCGAGAAGGAGCGCCUCGACUCCGAGCUCCAGCUCGCCGGCAAGUAUGGCCUUCGAAACAAGCGUGAGAUCUGGCGCGUGCAGCUUGUCCUCUCUAAGAUCCGAUCCGCUGCUCGUGAGCUUCUUACGCUCGACGAAAAGGACCCGCGUCGCGUGUUUGAAGGUACCGCGCUUCUCCGCCGUCUGACUCGUCUCGGGCUCCUCGACGAAUCGCGACAAGCCCUCGAUUACGUGCUGUCGCUGAAGGUCCAGGACUUUUUGGAGCGUCGUCUCCAAACUCAGGUCGUCAAGCUCGGAUUGGCCAAGUCUAUCCAUCACGCUCGUUGCCUUAUCAGGCAGCGUCACAUCCGCGUCGGGAAGCAGCUGGUUAAUGUUCCGUCUUUCAUGGUUCGUGUCGAUUCCCAGAAGCAUAUUGAUUUCUCCCUGAACUCGCCGUUCGGAGGCGGACGACCAGGUCGUGUUAAGCGUCGUGCCAUUGAGCGUCGCAAGAGCAGCGGUGGCGGUGGCGGUGAUGAUGAGGAAGAUGAGUAGAUCUACUCGUAGCGAUAUCGGUGCCGGCUUUAUGGGAUGCUCGUAAUCGUCGCUUUUGAUUACGAGUGGUGAAGUUUAUGUUGUAAAUCGAUAUUGGCUACCGACUUCCGAAUAAUAGCACUAGAUUGCCUGUACUUUAGUACGCCAGCGUGAGGAAUCGGGAGAAAGGACUUGUGGGCUAGUCGAAUCAAUUGAUGCAGAAGCUCUCCCUCAGGUACUUCGGUGCCUCAGUGCUUCAGCGCUGUUUCGUGCGGACCGAGAGAACGAUUUAUUCGGAGUAAAAUUUCCGCUACUUGCUCA